CAGACCAGUGGGUGUUCUCAGUCACUGGGCACUAGGGGACGUGUCCUGAGUGCCACUGUGACAGCAGUACUGCGGCAGUGAUGGAGGCAGGCCUGGAGACGCGACGAGGCUCACCUGUGCACCUGGACAUGGCUGUGGAUGAAAAUGACCCCAGGAGCGGGGUUCUGGUGCUGCUUGAACACCUGCGGCCCAAGUGGAAGCCAGCUGACAUCAAACUGAAGUUCUUCACAGAAGGGAUCACCAACCAGCUGAUGGGCUGCUAUGUGGACUCUCUGCUGGGAGAUGUGGUCCUAGUGCGUGUGUAUGGGAGGAUGACCGAGCUGUAUGUGGAUCGGGAGAAGGAGCUGGAGACCUUCCAGGUGUUUCAUGCUCAUGGCUGCGGCCCAGAGCUCUACUGCAGCUUCAGGAACGGCAUCUGCUACCAGUUUGUGAGGGGAGUGGUACUGGACGACAGACUGCUGAGACAGCCGGCCAUAUACAGGUUAAUUGCAGUUGAAAUGGCAAGAAUCCACUCGAUCCAGCCAAAGACCGGAUCACCUGCUGAGCCUGUCCUGUGGAAGAAGAUCUCUGAAUUCCUCCAACUAGUCCGAACUGCUCAGAAUGAGUCACCACUGCACCAGUGGCUCCCUUCGGACCUGCCCAGUGUCAAUGUCCUUGUGAGUGAAACGGAGACUCUGAAAAGACACCUCGCCCAGAUCACCUCCCCAACAGUCCUCUGUCAUAAUGACCUCCUGAUAAAAAACAUCAUCUAUAACCAGGCUGAGGGUUCAGUGCGGUUCAUCGACUAUGAGUAUGCCGAUUACAACUACCAGGCAUAUGACAUUGGCAACCACUUCAAUGAGUUUGCAGGUGUCAACAACGUAGAUUACAGCCUGUACCCGAGUCAAGACUUGCAGAGAGACUGGUUGACAGCUUAUCUGGAGAGCUAUAAGCAGUGCAUGGGGCAGGAGUCCUUCGCCUCAGAUGCGGAGGUGAAGAGACUGUAUGUACAAGUGUGUAAGUUCUCUCUGGUUUCACACUUUUCAUGGGGCCUCUGGGCUCUUCUCCAAGCCAGAUACUCCACAAUUGACUUUGAUUUCCUGAGGUAUGCCUUGGCAAGAUUCAACUACUACUUCAAAAAGAAGGAUGAAUACUUUGCUAUGAAACUUCCUUGAACACUACCUAAUCAAAAACAGCACUAAUAAGUGACAUGCAUGUCAUGACUGACAAAUAGCAGAUGAAAAAUGGCUAAUAAAGAAUUUC